AUUGACUCCAAUGUCCAAAGUGCAUUCAUAGGAAACUACGACCCGUCUUGUUUUGCCCAGGUGUUCACAGCAGCGAUUAGUUACAGCUGAAAACAUGGAGAAAGACAUCUUUGUGGAAAAACAAGGAGAAAGAAAAGGGAGACUAACACUGGUGUUGGCCUUGGCUACCCUGAUCUCUGCUUUUGGGUCGUCUUUUCAGUAUGGCUACAACGUGGCUGUGGUCAACUCUCCAGCCCCGGACAUGCAGAAAUUCUAUACCAGUGUGUACGAGAGCCGUAAUGCCACAGUUACCGACAAUGUCCUCACACUGCUGUGGUCCCUCACUGUGUCCAUGUAUCCAAUGGGCGGCUUCUUUGGCUCUCUCAUGGUGGCACCAUUGGUGAACAACUUUGGAAGGAAAGGCACCCUCCUGUUCAACAACAUCUUCUCCAUUGUCCCUGCUAUAAUGAUGGGAAUCAGUGAGGUGGUGGGCUCGUUUGAGAUUAUUAUUGUUGCUCGCUUUCUGGUGGGCAUCUGCGCUGGCCUUUCGUCCAACGUGGUGCCGAUGUAUCUGGGAGAGCUGGCCCCUAAGAAUCUGAGAGGAGCCGUCGGAAUUGUGCCUCAGCUUUUCAUCACUGUUGGCAUCCUUGUUGCCCAGGUGUUUGGCAUCCGGAGCAUCUUGGGAAAUGCAGAAGGCUGGCCCAUCAUGCUGGCUCUCACUGGCAUUCCUGCAGUCCUGGAACUGUUUAUUUUGCCCUUCUUCCCUGAGAGCCCCCGCUAUAUGCUCAUCCAGAAAGGUGAUGAGAAGAAUGCCAGGAAAGCACUGCAACGUCUGCGAGGCUGGCAAGAUGUGGACGAGGAGCUACAGGAGAUGCGGCUGGAGGAGCAGUCGGAGCAGGCCGAGGGCCAGCUUUCUGUGUUUACCCUCUUCACCCUCCGCUCCUUGCGCUGGCAGCUGGUGUCCAUCAUCAUCAUGAACAUGGGCCAGCAACUGUCCGGAGUUAAUGCCAUCUAUUACUACGCGGAUAGCAUCUUUUCUUCAGCAGGAGUGAAGGACAAUGACGUUCAGUAUGUGACUGUGGGAACCGGCUCUGUGAACGUCCUCAUGACUUUAGCUGCAGUGUUCAUAGUGGAGACCUCAGGCAGAAAGCUGCUGCUGCUGAUUGGGUUCGGGAUUUGCUGUGCCGCCUGCGUGAUCCUCACUGUAGCGCUCAGCCUGCAGGACACUCUGCAAUGGAUGCCCUAUGUCAGCAUUGCCUGCAUCAUCAUUUAUGUCAUUGGACACGCCAUAGGCCCGAGUCCCAUUCCCACUGUGGUUACCAAUGAGAUAUUCCGCCAGUCGUCCAGGCCAGCAGCCUUCAUGGUGGCAGGCUCUGUCCACUGGCUCUCAAACUUUAUUGUGGGCCUGGUCUUCCCCUUCUUAGAGAAAGGACUGGGAGCCUACAGUUUCAUCAUCUUCGCUUUCAUCUGCCUCGCCACAUUCAUCUACAUCUGGGUGGUCAUCCCAGAAACCAAGAACACCACCUUCCUGGAGAUCAGCAAGCUGUUCGCUGCGAGGAACAAGGUGGAGAUUGUGGUGGAGGCUGAGGAGCAGAAGAUGAAAGAGCCAGAAGUGAGAGACGACAAGCAGGAUGUAAUUACUGCCUUCUGAAAGCAGACUGGCUCACCGUCGAGGACUAAGUGUUUCUUUAUGUCAGACCUUCAAUGCAAGUCUGAAAUUCAGAAGCGUUUUCUGGUUUCUUGGAAAGGAAUUUUGUGUUAAAACAUACUUUGUGUCUUACCAAUUCACUGCCACUUAAGACUAUGUCUGUUUUUCUCGCUAUAGCAGGCUAGCCCAGAAGGUCAGACUGCCUUCAAACUCUGUAAGGCACCAGAACAUAUAACAAGCUGGUCUGCUUCUUGCACAAUAUGGAGUCCGUUAGCUGAAGCUUAAUUAUAUGUUUGACACCGUUCGUUAAUCUGAGGGUUGAGGGCGAAUAGCCAGUGUAAUUAUAGUACAAGUGCUAUCUUCUAGCAUUUCAUAUGUAAAUAGUAAUUAUACAAGCAUUUAUGUAGCCUUAUGUUUGCAUGUGGAGCAGCUACAGUACUGUACUGUAAGUUUUAGGCAUCUAAGCAAUUUUUUUAACAAUUUACCUCAGCAGUGAGUUUAUCACAAUAUACAUUAGAAUAAAGUCAUAUUCAUAAUUCAAAUAAACAUCAAAACAAUA